AUGUGGCCUUCGAAAUCUGGAUUAGGUGUUCAGCUAAGUUAUGGCAUAGAUUCAAAUGGGUACUAUCUUCAAGACUUUGAUAGUGAGAAUGAAAAUGCUCAGGAUAAAGAAAGCAUCCAUAAACACAGCCACAAAUCUAAAGAUAAAAUGGAUAGAUCUUGGUUCAAACCAAAGGAUAUGAACUAUAACAAAAAUAAGAUCGAUCUCAAUAAAAUUCAGUUUUCGAAUAAAAGAUUGGUCUCUCCUCAAUUGUUUCUUCUGAAUAUCAAUCCAACUAUCAACCAUCCAAACAACGAAACAAAAAUAAAUGGCAAAUUUUAUGUACCGAAUAACAUUCUAAGCUAUUUGAGCUCAGAAUCCAAAAAUUUGAGUUCCAACUACUUGUAUGAUCCCACGAUUGAUAAUUACAUGACUUUUAUUAAAUUGGAUAGAUUUCAGCUAACACUUUAUGUUUCAGGAAGUUCUUCAUCCUAUUUAAAUAUAUCUUGUUUGAAUUACAGAUCCGAAUCAAUAUCUUCAUUGAGUCAGAGCUCAAAUCAAACUGAUACCUCUCAAAAUAUUGAUUUUGAAAUAGUUGAAAAUCGGGAUGACGAUAUUAAUAAUGACAAUGCUAAUAAUAACGAACCAUUUAGAUUGAGAGUGCCGAGAUUAAGCCAACCAAAGACAAUAAACUUAUCGCAUUCGAUAAAACAGCUAAUAACUCCUCUACAAAAUUCAAAAAGUAGACUGAAAUAUCAAUUGGAUAAACCUAUUAACUCUAAACCCAAUAAACAGCAAAGCUUGAACCGCAAUAACAUAAAAACACUUUUGAAUUUCUUUCCCAAAACAAUUUAUUUGUUGGUAACAACAGACAUGGUCAUUUUUGUUUUCAAUUUAAGAGUCGGUUAUCAUUCGUCUUCUUUGAAUAAAAUGUUUACUAUUGAGUUAGUUGGUCAAUUAUCAGCUUCAGAAAUCAAUUCUAACAAUGAUCAAGCAAAACAAAAUCAAUUUCAAAAUAAUAAGAAAAGUGAAAAUAAUGAAAAUAUUGUUAGUGAUACCGAUAAUCGAAGCGAUAGAAGUAAUGAAAGUGAUAAUUUUCAUUAUCAAACAGAUGUGCUUAAAACAGAGAAUUAUUCAUUUGCUUACGCUAAUUUCAAUCCAUCAAAUACUGAUCAGUUUAUUGCGAUAGACAUUAAAGGUAAUUGGAAGAUAUUUGAAAUUCGAAAAAAUAAUUUGGAGACAAUUAUUUCAAAUAAUAAUUUUUGGUUUGGCUCAGUUUAUAUGAAUAAUUUAGAUAAUGAUAGUGAAAACAAUAAACAAUUUAAUUUAAGUUUAUCAAAUUGGAAAAGGGUUUAUUGGAAUCCAAACAACGAAAACCAGAUUAUAAUUCUAACUCGGAAUUCAAUCUAUCAAAUUGAUUUAUUUACAAAAUAUUCUGUCAGUGGUAUUUUGGUGAAUUUUGAAGACUGGUCUCAAUUAAGAGAUUUCCAAAUUGCUCUGUUUGACAAUUCAAUUGCGUUUUUGUUAACUUCCAAAGAGUUGAUAGUUGUGAAAUUUUUAGACAAUAAUAAAAAUGAUGAAAAGAUUGAUAAUUCUUCAUACAUUUUUCGGCCAGCUUUUAAAAGAUUGAUAUCAUGGAAACAUUUUUUAGACCCUGACGAUGUCUCUAUUAAGUUAUCAAUUGCUGACAUUAAACAAAAUGCAGAUUCAGAUAUGGUUUUUUUAUUGACGGUUUAUUCUCAGAUUCACUCUUUGAAUUUUAUUUAUGAAUUUUGCAGAAGUGCAUCGACUGAUUUAUUUCAAUUGGUUAAUCAACCCUUUUAUAUCAUUUCCAAUUUGAACUUAAUUGUUCAAUCUAGUCAAUUAAUUGAAGUUUCCAAGUUAAAUAGUUCUGAACCACAUUACCAGAAUAUAUUAAAAAGAAAAUUCAAAAAAAAUGGCAAAUUUAAUUAUUUAAAAACACCUAAAAAUCCUAUUUCAAAUGAGUUUAUUUUGGAUUCGGAUGCAGAAAUUGAUUAUGAUGAUGGAAUUUUCAAUAAUUAUGAAAACAAUUCCAAUGAAUUUGUGAAUUUGGCUGAAAAUUCCAAACAUAAUUCUGUGUCUGAACUUGUUCAGCACGAAACAGAUAGAAAUGCAGCUAAUGAAUACAUUUCUGAGAUAAACAGCGUUGAGGAUCUAAAAAACACAGAUACCCAUAAUAAUUCAACUUUAUCUCAUAAAGAUAAUGCAAAAGACAACAAUAUGUUCACAUUGGAGCCAGGAAAUGAUGAUGAAAGCACAGAUUUAUCGGAUUCUUCAGACAGUGAAUCAAGCAAUUCAGAGAGUGAUGAUGAUAGCAAUAAGAAUGAUAGCAUUCAAGGUGAAUUUCAAAAACCAAACAAUUCAAGGAACAACUUUGAUAAAAAUAGGCCAUCCACGAAGCCUACUAAACGAUAUUUUGCAUUGUUUCAAAUCUCAAAUCAAUUGGAAGUCACCAGAACUUUAUAUUCUACCUCAUCAAAUUUAAUUAUAUCGAAAUAUAAAGCUAUGCUUAGUUCAAAUAACGCUUUUUCCGUGUAUAACAAUUUUGAUUCGGGCAUUUUUAAAUAUAGAGUAGAUUCGCCAUUUUCUUCAGUUUAUAACUCUUCCUUUUGUCACUCUCCUAAAUCUGGCACUUCUUUGCCUACUCGGAAUAUUGAUUUAUUCAGUGUGAAUAGAGCAAUUAUUUCAAGAGGACAUAAAACAGUUCCCUUUUUUAAAGUACUUGGAAAAUGCAAAGAAAAUAAGAAAUUGUAUCAAAAGUUGUUUCAUCUUGAUAAGCCAAAUGAUGCAAAUUAUUCGGAAUUAGGCGAUAGGCUUGGUGAUAUUAUUCUAAAUUCAAUCAGCCCAAAGAAGGAAAAGCUCGAAAUUUUUAAAAAUGAAGAGUCAGAUCGGGAAACAGAUGGCCAUAUAAACUCCUCUUUUGUCAUGGAUCAAUAUGAUAAUGGCUCGUUUUUGCUUGGAAAUCAACUUGCACACAUGGACAGUCAGUCAAGACCCAAUGGGACGCCAUUGAACAGUAAUGUUUUGGAAAAUAAGAAUUACUUCUUUAGCAAUAUUAUUGAUUUGUUGAUGAGUAAUGAUGAGUAUUCUAGUAUUUUUUCGUUUUAUGAUUUGGGGAAAUGGGAUUCUGCUAUUCAGUUGUUAUCUGAAAAAAUCAGUUGUGAAAACCUCGAAAUUAUUAAUAAUAUGGGAUUUAAUAAUAUUGUUUUUAAUUAUUUCAUAAGAGAAAAUAAUUCGUUAUUUCAAUCCCUUUUUUGUCAUCUAUCUGAUAUAUGGAAUUUUAAAGAGAUUCUGAAAACAUUUUCAAUUUAUGACAUAUAUUUUAAAAAGCUUUCAAUUGAAAUUGGGUUGUCUCUUAUAAAUGUUGGUAAAGGAAGUGAAAAUACUCCUGAGAACGAUGAGUAUGUUAUUAUUAAAACAAGUGAACAUGAGCAAAUAACUCUACCGCCUAAAAUAAGAACUUUAGUUGAUUUUUGGGAUGAGGGCGAAGAAAAUAAUGAUGAGAGUAACGAUAAUUUCUUUGAGAGCAUGCUAAACGAUAGAUUUUCUGAAACUUAUACUAAAACAUUACCAAAAAUCUCGAUUUCUCAAUCGACUAAUAAAAUUCCUUCAAAAGACUUUCAGUUUUCUGAAACACAAAUUGAAUAUCCCAACAAUGUAUCUCAAUCAUCGAGAUCAAGCCAAGUAAAAACUUCUCAAAGAGGGUUUGCAUCUCAAAUUGAACGAGGACCAUUUGGAGGAGUUAAAAGAAAAAAAAAGAAAAAAAAAGGUGGUUUUGCCUAA